AUGACUGUCACUACUCAUUUCCUUCAAGAUAUUACAUUGAAAUUAAAUUUUCAGCAUCGGCUGGUGUCUUCUGACUAUCUCCAGGAGUGUAGAAAGCCUCAUACUAACCCGUCCCUCAGGACCAGUUGCCAAAACUGGGCCAUCCCAGGCUUGAGCUGGGUGACAAAGCAGGAGAGACCUCAACUGUUCCCGGCCAGCGACAGUGUGUGUGGUCGCUGCUCCAGCGCAGAGAAGGAGGCGGAGGAAAUUGAGCAACCUGAGGAGGACGGUGCAGGCCAGCUGCCAGAGAGUGAUAACUUACCACGACGGUUUCGCCAUCAGAGAGGUGAAAUCCAAGACGGGAGGAAAGCUCAGCAUCACAGAGCUCUUAAUGCAGGGUCCGGUCUCCAUGGAGACCCCGUCCCCAACAUAAAGGUCUCCAUCAAAGGGCAGCUGAAAUCUCCUUCGGGGACAGAGAAGACCCCCCCUCAAGAAUCUUUCGUCUCCCAAGUGCCAUUAAGAUUACAGAUCAAAGUUUCUGGCCGGAGGGGUAGUUUGGGAAUCAGCAUUGCUGGUGGGAAAGGCUCUCUGCCUUACAAGGACCAUGAUGAGGGCAUUUUUAUUUCCAGAGUAAAUAAAGGGGGCGCAUCAGAAAAGGCAGGGGUCCAUGUUGGAGAUAGAUUGCUGGAGGUCAACGGCCUCAACAUGCAAGCAGCGACCCACCACGAGGCAGUCAGCGCCCUCAGGAAUGCUGGGAGCUGCAUCAAGAUGAAAGUACUCAGAGAGAGGCUGCUACCCCGAGGACAGGCGUGUGACCCCGAAGACCCUCAGGAUCCUCAAAACAUGACGGGGCGACAGUUGUGCAGCCAGGACGGCGGAGGCCAGAGAGGCAAACAGCCCAAGAUGGAGAGCGUGGAAGACUGUUUGUCCAAGAAGAUUGAGGCAGUUGUCUGCAAUGGCAACGGCGUUUCUGAUCUGGAGAGCGACCUGAACAGGACCUUGUCUCAAAUGGAGGCACAGGCCUUGAUAAAAAAUGACUCACUUCAAGGGGGAAAACAGACAAUGACAAUCCCGCGGAUCAUCCUCACUCAUCCCUCUACCUCAGAUGAAGAUGUGGAGUUCUUGACACAGAUCCCCAGCAGAGAGCCGGUACAUGACUCUGACAUUCCUGACAGACACGUGCACUGUUUUGACAGCGCUUUCUACCCACCUUGACCACAGCGUAGGGGUACAAACAUGAAGGACACAGACUGUUAUUACCCAGCUCUUUUUUUCAUGUUACUGAGGUGGAUUAGUGUAAAACAAACUGUUGGAAUGUGUUUUUUAAGCUUUUUGUCUGUCAGAUUCAAUUGCUGCUAAUAGUAUUUAGUGAUAUUAAAGUCAUUUGCAAGAAUGAAUUUUAAAACUUUAUUUUUAUUACUAAAAACCACAGAGUUGAACUGUGCUAAGACAUUGAAAAUAGACUGUAAAAGCAUGAACAGACGGCUCUCUGAUGUCCAAAUGAACUACAUGUCAUUAUAUUAAACACAGUCGAUAAAGGACGAACGCUGCUGGCUACCUCUACUUCACACCACUGUGCUGUAAAUUAUGGAUGUGCUGGUAAAUAGUGUCUCUUCCCAUGAAAAUGUGAAGCCCUCAAACUUUUAUAGUCUGUACUGAGAUAAAAUGUCACGCAGAGUGAGCAGGGAACACAUCAGGGAGUCUGAAUCCUGCAGUGUCCUGAUCCAGACUGAACUGAACAUCGUCCCACGCCUCCUGUACGAGCUAAAUUCAGGAUGGUGAGUUAGGCACUCUGCUUUCUGAGCAGAAAAAGAGAGCUGUCAUUUUGCUUGUCAACACCUGCUUUGUCUUAUUUCACAGCUUUUACA